CCCAACAACAGAGUGUGCGAGAAAUCUUUCACUUGCCCCGUUGCAGUCCAAUCAUGGCGGCUUUCGUAGGACGAAUUUGUGGAUCCGGAUUGUUGAGCCCGAAAAGUGGCGCUACCUUGCAAAAGGUACAAAAUUUCUCCACGUCUCGCGCAUGGACCAAGAGCCAAAAGGUUGCUACCGCCGCCGGUGUUUUAGUCGGUGGUGCUGGAGCCCUCCUCUACGCCCUCGAACAAUCGGUGGCCGCCUCGGGCACGGAAGUACACCCGCCGGCGCUGCCAUGGAAUCAUAAAGGAAUGCUCGAUUCGCUCGACCACGCGUCUGUUCGACGUGGAUACGAAGUUUACAAGCAAGUGUGCGCUGCCUGCCACUCGAUGCGUUUCAUCGCAUACCGCAAUCUGGUCGGCAUGUCGCACACCGAAGCCGAGGCCAAAGCCGAAGCUGAGGAGAUUCAGGUUCGUGACGGUCCGGACGAGGCUGGAAACUACUACAUGCGGCCUGGCAAGCUGUCCGACUACUUCCCGAGCCCGUACCCUAACGAGGAGGCUGCCCGUGCCGCAAAUAAUGGUGCCUAUCCACCAGAUCUUAGCUACAUUGCGCUCGCACGUCACGGUGGUGAGGAUUAUCUGUUUGCACUGCUGACGGGCUAUUGUGAUCCGCCAGCGGGUGUCGUUCUGCGCGAGGGUCAGUAUUAUAACCCAUACUUCCCUGGUGGUGCCAUCUCCAUGGCGCAGGCACUGUACAACGAGGCCGCUGAAUAUUCCGACGGUACGCCUCCGACUGCCAGCCAGCUGGCUAAGGACGUCUCCACGUUUCUGGUGUGGGCCGCCGAGCCGUACCACGACGAGCGCAAGCGCAUGGGUAUCAAGUCACUCGGCAUCAUCAUGAUCCUCGCAGCGCUGACCUACUACAUCAAACGACACAAGUGGGCCGCGCUAAAGACGCGAAAGAUUUCUUUCCACCCAAAGAGCAAGUAAGCGGCUUGCGCCAACAGUGUAGCAACAGCAGCAAGAUAAGAUGUGAUGUGGAGGGAACUAUCCAUCAACUGCCGAUCCAGAAUCGACCAACCCAAUCGUUAAGCAAUUAGAAAGGGGGAGCAAAUCGAAGGCAUGUGCGUCAGAGGAACGAAAGGAAGCGAUAAGGGAGAAGUCGACUUUAUAAAGAUAUAGGAUACCUAAAUCUGUCCUCGUUACUGGCAUAGCAAACAUCUCGGAGAAAAGCGCCACCAAUUGGCGACACACGGUCACAAUAGUGACCAUAUAGUUCAUCCUCUAUUUCUUCCUGUCUAUCGUACAUCCUUUGUUUCCCUUUCAACAUCAACGCGCUUGCAAAUUGCGUUCUUGCGCCGAUUUGUUGCUAGUUUUUCUUCUUUUUUUCGUCAUAUAUAGCUCAAUUGCCAUUGUACGUGUUUAAAAAGCACAGCAAGAAACAAAAAAUACCCACCAACACCACAUGUUCUUUUGAGACUUUUCAUCUCGCCUAGAAUGGAUUGUCCGAAAAUAUCUCUCGUUAGAAUGGCUUCGAUACUAUCCUUAAAGAGGUUUGAAGUUUUAGCAAACCAUCUCUCCUGCCAUGAUCCUAUGGAUGUUGUGUUUGGAUGUACAAUUUGUCGGUAAUUCUGCUGAUCGCAGGACUCGCUCCAAAACGACUAUGGUCCUUUGAAAGCUUCGGUUUUGCCGCAGUGGCAUAAUGCAGGAUGUUGCAGGGGUUGUGAAAUUACUGGUCGCGGUUGGGGAAAUAGCAAAAAACGAAAUAAACCACAAACCGAACACGUUGUUAAUUUAA